AUGGCAAUCAUUCAACUUCUUCACUUCCUAAAACGAGUUAUAUUUAACAACACUGUUGGUGAACAGAUUUCCUUUAAUAAAAAUGGGGAAUUGGUAUCUGGGCUUGAUAUCGUCAACUGGGUCACAUUCCCCAAUGAGACCUUUAGUCGAGUGAAAGUGGGAAGAAUAGAUCCACAGUCUCUACCAACCGUUGAGUUCACUGUUCAUGAGGAUGCCAUGGCACAACCUCUUUCUUUGUGUAAUGACCAUUGUUAUCCAGGUUAUAGUAAAAGAAAGAAGGAAGGGAAGCCAUUUUGCUGCUAUGAUUGUAUUCCAUGUCCAGAAGGGAAGAUUUCUGCCCAGAAGGAUGUGGAUAACUGCUUUCAGUGUCCAGAAGAUCAUUACCCAAACAAGAACAGGGAUUUCUGCAUCCCCAAAUCUCUAACUUUCCUCACUUUUGAAGAAGCUCUGGGGACAAGUCUGGCCAGCUCUGCUCUUUUACUCUUUUGUGUGACUUCUGUGGUGCUUGGGAUCUUCCUCAAACACCGGGACACUCCCAUUGUCAAGGCCAAUAAUCGGACCCUCACCUACACCCUCCUCCUCUCCCUCCUGCUCUCCUUCCUUUGUGCUCUGCUGUUCAUUGGAAAGCCACAGAAGAUGACCUGUCUCUUUCGGCAGACAGCUUUUGGCAUCAUCUUCUCCGUGGCCAUUUCUUCAGUCUUGGCAAAAACUAUCACUGUGAUUCUUGCUUUCCAAGCCACCAAGCCUGAAUCCAAGUUGAGGAAAUGGUUGGGGAAAAGAAUGGCCACGUCCAUUGUUCUUUCCAGCUUGCUCAUUCAAGCCACCAUUUGUACAGUGUGGCUGUCUACCUUUCCACCAUUUCCUGAUCUUGAUGUGAACUCAAUGGCUGAAGAAGUCAUUCUGAAGUGUAAUGAAGGGUCAAUCACCAUGUUUUAUUGCCUCUUGGGUUUUAUGGGUUUCCUGUCCAUUUGCAGUUUCACGUCAGCUUUCUUUGCCAGGAAGUUGCCUGACAGUUUUAAUGAAGCCAAGUUCAUCACCUUCAGCAUGUUGGUCUUCUGCAGUGUGUGGAUUUCCUUUGUGCCAACAUACUUGAGCUCCAAGGGGAAAUACAUGGUGGCCGUGGAGAUCUUCUCAAUCUUAGCUUCCAGUGCCGGAUUACUUGGUUUUAUAUUUUUCCCCAAAUGCUAUAUCAUCAUUCUGAGGCCUGAUAUGAAUACAAAGGAGCAAGUAAUGAAGAGAAAGCAUUAAAGAAAGUUUCUGUUUAUUCAUUUAUCAUCUGUUGUCUGUUAUUUAGAAUUUGGUUCCUAAUGUUAAUAAAAUGUCCUGAUGAGAGAUUAUAUUCUGGUACAAAAGAAUGAUCUAUAUUUAAUCCUCAUAAUUCCAUCAGAAGGAUGGGUCCCAGUCUUAGUUUGUAUUGAAGAAUCAGUAUAUGUAAGACCAAUAUUAGGUUUAGAAUUAUGCUAAUGUAUAACAUUCCACUAUUGGAAAUAUCUCAUGCUAAUUUCUUUUAUGCUUAAGAUUAUGCUUUAGGUCAUUUGGUCUCACUUUGGUGUGUGUCAUUACAAAUCCAUGCAUCACUAGGGAAUGGGCAACUUACACUCAUCGUGAUUAUAACAGAUGAUCAGGAGCACCUGUGUCAUCCACAAGCCAGCCAUUUGAGCUAUAUUUCAGAAGAGCUAAAGUUUUUCUCCUUGGAUGGUGACAAAGAUUGUAUUGUCAAAGGCUUUCAUGGCCAGAAUCACUGCAUUGCUGUGAGGCCCAUAUGACCAGUAAAAAGAAGAGAAAGCUUUCAAAUAUGGCUAUACAGCCCGAAAGACUCACAGCAACCCAAAGAAGAUUGUCUGUCCCUCACCUCCCCGCAACCCACCCCAUGUUGCCUUUAUUGCAAUGUAAAUAAAAGAAUCACAUGAGAACUCCUUCUCUGUUUGAUAUUCUGGUGCAGAAGAAAGAUAUAUAUUUAAUAUAUGGUUGAAUGUGUAAGUGUGUAUGCAUGAGUGCAAAGACAUGAUGAUUUCUCCCAAAAUACCACAGCUAGAAUUUAAUAUUACCAUUCUGGAUUCAUAACCUAGGGCUAGAAAGCUGUAACUUAUUCAUAUUCACAAAGCCUACGCAUUCAUGGUUGGGGUAGUAUUGC